AUGUUUAAUUUUGAGAAUUUGUUUGAUUCUUUAAGUUGCUAUAUGAGUUUAAGCAAAGAAGAGAAAGAAUAAGAGUAGCUUGAGAUGCUAAUGGGGUAGAUACUAGAAAUUUAAGAAGGCAGAAAAGAGUAGGAUGAAGAAAUUUUAAAUAUUAGUCAUAAUAAAUACAUAUAAUUGUCAGCUAAAAAAAUAUGUGAUUUAUAAUAUGAUAAUCCUACAUAAUAUUAAAUUGACUUAGAAUAACUUGUUGAUUAAUAAUUGGAUGAUUUAUUAGCUAACUCUGAUAAGGAUUCUAAAGCUUAUUAUAGUGCAGUCAAAUCAUUUUUGGAAUAAGCUAGAUUCAUGAAUUGA